AUGGCCGCCGGCCAGCAAGCAGUCUCCUUCAAUGAGAUCAUUAAAGCUGGUAAACUUUCACGUUCUGCACCUGCUCCCUCCAAGCCUAAAAAGGCCAUCCGGACGCCGUCUGCACCAGCACGGGUCACCGCUUCGAACGCGAAACCCGGAAAGAAGCGUCGCCCCGAUGAAGAUCGCUUGAUGUCUGCUUUGAACCCCGCGAGUGGACAAGCAACAGUUCGUGAUGCCCCUGUCGGCCUUUCCAUCAAGGGCGCAGGGUCGGGACCGUUUGUCGUGGUCGGAGGCAAUUUCGCACCGGGCACUACCGCUGCAGAUAUUCAGUCGGCUUUGGAGCCUGUGACGGGAAAUAUCUUGCGUUGUUGGGUUACCUCGCAGCAUCCUACGGUUACUGCAGAGGUCACGUUUGCAGAAAAAUGGGCCGCAGAGAGCGCGAUUGCCAAUUUCCACAACCAGAGGGCGGAUGGCAGAAUCCUGUCCAUGCGAAUGAAGUCCGGCAGCGCCGGUUCCCAGGGCCAGGAUUUAUUCGAGCGUUCUGCGGGCACCCAAAACUCUUUCAGCGAUCUUCGAGAACAAGAAAACCGUAAGCGCAUGUUACAUCGUGGAGCAGAUCCUGCCGUUCAAGACGGAAGCUAUGGGUUUGGUGGCCAGAACCAAGCAGCUGGUCGCGAUGAUGCCUCCGGGAACCGCAAUAAUAGACGCAACUUCCGAGGAAAUCGAAACACGGGUACCAGCAGGAACCAAGCUCAACAAUCAAACGAACAGAGUCUCUACAGCGAUCAAAUGAUGGUCGAUGCGCCCCCACGGAAUCCCAGAAACCACCGGGGCCGGCGAUAG